CCCCCAAUUCAUCCAUCUCAUAUUUUCCUAUAAUUUCUCAAUUCAGAGUAAAGGGCAGAGAGGGAUCGAUCUACACACACAGAGACAAAGAUGGAAUGCGUUUUCGGGAUGGUGGGGAAAGGUUUUGCCUUGGUGGUAGCAGAUACAUCGGCGGUUAACAGUAUUCUAGUUCACAAAUCGAACGAAGACAAGAUCAUGGUUCUCGAUUCUCACAAGCUCAUGGGCGCCAGUGGUGAAGCUGGUGAUCGAGCUCAAUUCACGGAGUAUGUACAGAAAAAUGUAUCUCUGUAUCAAUUCAGAAAUGGGAUUCCACUGACUACCAAGGCUGCUGCAAAUUUCAUGCGUGGUGAGCUUGCUACAGCUUUGAGAAAGAAUCCUUAUAUGGUGAACAUUGUGUUAGCGGGGUAUGAUAAAGAAACGGGCCCCUCUCUGUACUUCAUUGACUACAUUGCAACCCUACACAAAGUUGACAAGGCGGCGUUUGGUUACGGUUCAUACUUUUCUUUAGCCAUGAUGGACCGCCACUACCACCCUGACAUGACGGUUGAUGAAGCCAUCGCGUUAGCCGAUCAGUGUAUUGAGGAGAUUCGGUCAAGGCUCGUUGUGGCCCCACAGAAUUUUCUCAUCAAGAUUGUGGAUGAAAAUGGGGCCCGUGAACACUCGUGGCGUAGGACUACAAAGGAUUAAAACAAACAUGUUUGUUGCCAACUUUGCAUUUAUGUUUUCGGGUUAAAAAAAUGGACAACUUUUGAAGGUUUUUAUUUGUUAUGUGGUUGUUGAAUUGUUAUAUGUUAUGAUGUUAUGGGAAAAACUUUAGCUUUAAUGAAUCUUGUUUUGAUGUA